ACAUAAACAUUUAAUCGACCCAAAAUUUCUCGUAGUCAAAAUUCAAGUAAAUAAUUCACCACGAUGGUUGUGAUAGUGGACGCCUGCAGAAGAGAGAGUGAUUUCCAAGAGGCGAGGCCAUGGUGGGAGCCCCCUUACGUCGUCUAUGGCUUCAGCAACCCAGCGGUCAAGUACAGACUGGAACUGUUGAUGGGGUCCUAUGUGGUCCGCGCCACAGAUAAAACCUAUAUGUUGACACUGGGCCAUCGGAUGCGGGAAGACUUCGAGGAUACAGUGCGCAAAAGGAUCAAAGACAGAGCUCAGGCAGAAGUGGAUCGUGAAAAAGUGUUGAUUCUGGAGGGAAGGAUGCCUCCAGAGAAAGCACCUAAGGAGUUAUCCAACCACCCUGUCUUCAGGAUAACUCUCCUGGCUAAACGAAUGAUCGAGGAAAAGAAACUCAAGGAGGAAAUGGCAAAGAGGCCAAAGAAGUUGAAGAUAUUCGACUACAGUUUACUGGAUGGAAUGGAAGAAGAGGUCGUAGAAGAUACGGAAAUGACCAGCUGCAUCGACGAGGAGGAAAGUGACGAAGAGCGGAUGAGAAAAUUAGCAGACAUGGAGGAGUAUUUGGCGGAAGAAGAGGUUUUUACUGACGAAGAUUAUUUAAGGAUUAAGUAUGAAGAUCCUUUAGUCGAAGAGUUGAUGCAAGUGGAGGCUGUGGAUGAUAUGUAUGAAGUGGCUGAGGAGAUAGUUGGACAGCUGACUGGCAAGAGAUGUGGUGGACUGGUUAAGUCAUAAGGUAAUGACUGAUGUAACAUAGCUUAGGUAUUAAAAU